GGAUUUAGCAGGUAUGUAACUAGAUGCAAUGAAAACGUGUUCGCUAUGUUUGACGUGAGUCAGUAGUAGAAAAAUAUUGGAUAACAAUGGCGGACGAGGAACUACCAGCGGGUUGGGAAAAACGCUUAAGUAGAUCUACCGGGCAGCAUUAUUAUUUAAAUAUUUAUACUAAGGAAAGUCAAUGGGAUAGGCCAGAUAAACCAGCAGAUCCAUCUGGAAGUAAUAAAGGCGAUGGUCCAGAAGAGGUUCAAUGUUCUCAUUUAUUGGUAAAACAUUCAGGAUCUAGAAGACCUUCUUCCUGGCGAGAAGAAAAUAUUACGCGAUCAAAAGAAGAAGCUCUAGAUCUUAUUAAAUCUUACAGGGAACAGAUAGUAUCUGGGAAAGCAACAUUUGCAGAACUUGCUUCAAAGUAUAGCGACUGUAGUUCUGCUAAACGAGGUGGAGAUUUGGGACCAUUCACUCGAGGGGCUAUGCAAAAGCCAUUUGAACAAGCAGCAUUUGCCCUUAAAGUUGGCGAACUAUCAUCUCCUGUGCAUACGGACAGUGGUAUCCAUAUUAUCCAGCGAACAGCAUAAAGAAGAUUAAUCUCAAAUAAAGUAUUCAAUCUUUUAAAACCGGUUGCCUCAGUUUUGCCAAUAAUAUAUGUUUAACUAAAGGGGCAAUUUUGGAUACCUCUAUUAAGCAUCAAGCACAUAUACUCGUACAAUGACAGAAUUUUUCUGUGUGAACAAUACACAUGCAAACAACAUUCUAAUAUUUCAGCAUGGAGUUAUAUAUUUGUGUCUUCCAGUGAUCUAAGCAGACAUGGAUUAUUGAAGAUUAUUAAUGUUUCCUUCAUGAUAAAAAAAGCAGCAAAAUCAGUUUCCAAAAAGUAAAGCAAGAUAAAAUAGACGAGAUAUGCAUGCUUUAACA